CCCUAAUUAGUUUGAUUUUCUUAUUGAAAGAGUACUAAUCUGUGCUCUUAUAUUGAGAGGUUAAUGUACAUACAUCAUUUAUUUUGUAUUAUCCUUUUUUAAGUUUCUGGAUUCAAAAUGGAUAAUUUUUAUUAUUUCAAGGAACAUAUAGAAGCUGCAGUAGCAAGUAAUGGUCCGUUUAUGAUUGAGGAAUCACGGACUUCUGAUCAAAAUACUGAAACUCUUUGUUUAUUAUGUGAUGAUACGUUCAAUUUGAAUGAAGGCCUACCUUUUUUCGUGUUGCAUCUUUUCGAAGUCCAUUGUAUAGUUAUUGAAGAUGUACAGAAUAUAUUUUACUUGUCAGAAUAUAUCAAAUUCUGGAGGGAUAGAUUUAAAUUGAAAUCAAUAGAUCAAAUAAUUCCAUCAGUAAAUGUUGAUUCAACAUUUAAAAAGUACUACUUUCUUUCAACUUUACUCAAAGAUGACAAGGAGUUGAGGCACAAGCUUAGAUUGAACUUCGUACUCAAAGUUCAAGAAUUUGAAAGAACUGAUGAUAAAUAUUCAAAAUCAUGUAUAUAUUGUAAAUUAGAGUUCACAGGAACACGUCCAAACUUUCUUAAACAUCUAGCUACAGAUCACAAUUUACAAUUAGGCAACCCCCACAACUUGGUGUUUCUUGAUGAAUUGGUUGUGAGAAUUGAAAAGAAAUUCAACGAUCUAAUAUGUUUGUAUUGUGAAAAGAAAUUUCCUGAAAGACACACUCUGAAGGAACAUAUGAGGAAAAAGUUACAUAAAAGAAUUAACCAGGAGAAUAAAGAAUAUGAUAAAUUUUUUAUGGUGAAUUAUCUCGAAGAUGGAAAAGAUUGGCAUGAUAUUAAAAAAGAGAGUGAUAGAUUUGCUAUAUCUACAGAAGCCAAUUCUGAUGAAGAAUAUUCUGAUUGGAAUGAGGAGGAAGAUAAAAUAAUCUGCCUUUUCUGCCAACAUAAAGAAACGGGAGCAAAUAAUAUCUGUGAUCAUAUGAAAACAUCACACACUUUUGAUUUUGUGGAAUUGACCAAAUCUUUCAAUUUCUUCCAAAAAAUACAGCUUAUCAAUUAUGUUAGAAGGCAGGUUGUGGAUUGUAAAUGUAUAUAUUGUAAUGAACAUUUUGAUGAGUCAGAAUUGUUGAGAAUUCAUUUGGAGAAUGAACAACAUUUCAAACUUCCUGAUUUAGAAGUAUUUGAACAAUCUGAGUUCCUGUUCCCUACUCAUGAGGAGGAUGCCUUUCUCUAUCUCAUAGAUGAUGAAGAUAAUGAUGAUUGAAUAAAUUAUAGAUAUAUACAUUUUUUUAUUAAAAUGUAUGAAAUUGAUCCUAGCUUAUGUUGUAGGAAUUUUGUUUUAAUGUAUAUUGAAUAAAAUUAUUAGUUAUCCUAAAAAA